AUGCAUUGGGGUGUGUACUCAACCGCGGAGACCGUGUUGGAUCAGGCAGCUCCCAAUCAUACAGACGCAAUCUAUGGGGGUACAUCACUAGCCGAUCUAGUCCUGGCUUACAACAAAGAUAAAAACGACAAAGAUGACGAUUCCAUACCGUUUGACGAAGAGCCAACAACCCCCCUUGAUUUUAACGGAAAAGCGGCUGUGGAGCGCGACGAGCACCUUCCGCCUGAGGUUCCAAUCUUCAUCCGGUGCGAAAGGCAAGCUGAUGUAUCCAACUUUCAACUCUUGGCCAACACGGCUUGGUGCGAAGACAAGAAUUUGGAUUGGAUGGCGGCGGUAUGGCAAGAGGUAUCUAGUUGGUGGGAGGCGCACGCGUCCUGCGGAAGCGUUUCUAAUCUUUCACGCGAAUUCGAAACGCACGCUCGAGCGUUUGAAACGCGACGGAAGCGUGUCAGUUUAUACGAAACGCGUUCGUAG